AUGCGCGGCCCUAUGGGCGCAGGUGCAGCGCUGCCCGCGGACACGUCCCUCAGGGCCGGAUCCGCGCUCGGGUCACGAUCGCCGUCUCAUGGCACUCGGCGCGCGCGCGCAGAUCCGCGCCCCGCCCGCCCCGCGCCAUGGCGGCCCCGCCGCGCCUCCGCCGCUGACAGGAGCGGGCCGAGCCCGCCGCCACCGCCCCGGGCGAUGCAGGAGCCCGACCCGGAGCGCCCCGCCGAGGAGACCCCGGGAGGAGUCGCGGCGGGGCCGCCCGGCGAAGAGGCCUCGUGGCUGCGGCGGCUGGCGGAGGAGGCGCGGAGCGGCUGGAGGCUGAGCGCGGCCCCGGCCGAGCCGCCCGCGCUGACGGUGGCGGCGGUGGAGCGGUACCUGGCCGAGGCGCCGCCCGCCGGCCCGCGCUAUUGGUACGACGUGACGCUGGCGGACGGCGCGGGGCUGGAGCGCUGUUACCUGGCGCCGCGCCUCAACCGCCUGGUGCAGCGCGCGCACCUGCACGUCGGGGCCAGCGUGCGACUGACGCGAUGCUCGUACCUGUACGACGAGCGGCGGCUGCGGCGCGGCCUGCUCUGCAUCGACCAGCUGCUGCCCGCCGCCAGCAACGCCGACACACCGACACCGACACCCGCGGAGACUCGGGGACUGGGCCGCCCGUCGCCGCCCCUGCGCGGGGAGAGGAGGCACUACCUGCCGCUGUGGAACAACGAGGAUCCAUACGGGGACAUGUGGGUGGCGGAGCAGCCCCCGGCGCGGGUGGACGUGGACGUCUCUAAGCUGAUUUCCCUUGGUCAGCUGGAAACGACCUGGAGGAGCAGAGUUCAUUUCCGCCCGCUGCUGGUGAGAGUUCUGCACAAGUCCAGGCUGAGGUACUACGGGAAGCCAGAGAAGAAAAUGGAUGUGCCGUAUCAGGCGUACUUUGAAGUUGCCGAUGGUUCAGGCAUGAUGUCCAUGGUUCUGUGGAAUUCCUUAUGUCCCGAAUGGUAUAACAGUAUAAACGUUGGCACUGUGCUCCUCCUUGAACAGUACGCUGUCAAAGACAGUUACCCAUUUAAAACACAGCCGACCCCAAGAGAUUCGCAGAUGAAGAGAUUUGCUACAAUAGAAAUCAGCCUUAACAUACGAAACCCACCUACCAAGAUAAGUAUAAUUUCUGAGGAGAUGGUUAAGCCGGAGUGGGGAUUACCUGAAGUUAAAUACCAAUUUAUUACGAGGUCGGAGCUGGAUGACUUACCCAACAAUCAUUCCUGCGAUGUUAUUGGCCUUGUGACCUUUGUAGGAAGGGUGGAACGAACAAGAAAGAAAGAUGGUGAAGACUUCUGGCUCUAUCGCUGGGCACAUGCCAUUGAUGGGACCUCGGACCAGCCGUUCAUACUGGAAAUAUUUGCAACCUCUCAGCCAGAUGUAUUUGAGCGCAUUCACCCAAUGACAUACCUGGUGUGUACGCAGAUGAGAGUGGUGCGGGAUCUCUCUGAGAAUCCUUCCCACACUAUUUACCUUACGACGUCAAACGAAAGUCAGAUAUUCAUCACAGGGUGGCACAAGGGCCAGCCGUACACCAAGGAUACUAAAGUGAAGAACUUCAUUCAGUGGACAAGAACACAGAGUGAAGCUAACCAGAUGAGGAAAACUGUCAUUGGUGGAUAUUACCCUUUUCCACGACCUCCAAAUAGCUUUCUGAAGUAUUGUAAAAGUAACAAAGUUGAAUCGGUUUUAAAAGCCAUAGGCGAUCUGGGAGAAGAGAUUGAAGGUCUGCAUUAUAGAGAACACAAGCGCGUUGCUAUUCAAGGAAUAAUCAGUGCCAUAAGAUGCAUCAGCUAUAGCAGUGCAGCUGAAGAUGCCUCAGGAGUGGAACCUGCUCAGGAAGAUAUAGAGUCUCUUGAAAAUCCUCCUGUGUCGAAGCAAGAUAACGUUCACAAGGGAAAAACAAGAAACCUUCAAACUGAAGAACCCAAGUCUUUUGUGGAGCCAAGUUGCACUCCUGGGGAACAGCAUCAAACUCUACUGUCAAAAAAGAGCACAGCGAAGAGAAGGGCCCCGCACAAAUCAUGUGCAGGCACAGAACAGGGAACCGCGUCUGUUAUUUCUGUAUCCUCUUAUCCCUAUUACACACGCUCAGCAAAAAAGAAAUUAAGCUUGAAUGAAUUUCAACAUGAAGAUUCUGUACAAGAACAGGCUCCAUCGGAUAGUUCACAGUACUGCACAGACCAUGAAGAAAUAAAUGAUAUACCUGAAACUGAAGAGAUGGCAAGAACUUGCAGUUCGUGGCAGAGCGACCUGUGGGCACAAGUGAAAGACAAGCUGACAAAAUAUUUGCAUCACAGCACGAUUUUCCCAGAAAGCAUCCCAUGUAAAUUUGAUUACAUGUACAAAGACUUACUUAUCCAACAGUACAACCUUCAUGCGGCGGUGCACCAGCCAAAAGAAACCAGAACAGAUAAAAAUAUCAGUGAAUUUAAAAGCACUGGUGGCCUUGGAUAUUAUGAAGUGACAGUUCUGGGUAUAAACCAUGAUGUUGCAAUAGAUGUUGCAUUUCUCCCAUUUUUUGGUCAUGAAGAUCCCCACUUGUUUCCAGUGGAGGAAGUUGAAAAUGAUACGUUGUUGUCUUGCAUGAGUUGCAUCUCUUCUUGUCAGCAGAAGGCCACUGGCGAUGGGACAUUUUGCGACAUGUUUCCACUUUCAAAUGAAAUUGUGAAAGCAGCGAUGGACCUCGAUGGCAGACACGUUGUCUGUAUCUUGGACGUCUGUCACUUGGGAGAUGACAAGGUAGAAGUCUUUCUGAGCAAGAUCUACAAGACGGUGGAAGCCGAUGUGCCAGAUCCAGUAUAAUUUAAUAUUUUAUUUUUCAAAAUUAGAUACUGUAGAAAAAGGAGGGGAAUAAAAUGGCUGCAACUUGAAUCUCCCCUCUACACACUGCACUUUUAUACAAUUAGCAGACAAAUACCAUUCUUACAGUUGCAAUGGUCAUCCACAUAAUGAGAAGGGCAGUUGUUGCCUUUGUGACAGUCACGGAUCAUGUUAUUGCACGACGUCUUGGUCGCUUAUGUUUGAGAAAGAUGAGCUUUUGAAAGGAGACUGAGAAGCGCGACUGUGAUUUCUCUUUCUCUGCCUGUGUACACAGAUAUGUAGGAAAUGUAUGUAUUUAGGUGAGAACCAAGAAGAGAGGUAGGCUUUCCUGAUACUAAAGGCAGUGUUUGCAAAAGAAUUAACUGGCCACAGUAAAAAUUUAGGCUGGAAAUUUAAAUCUUGAAGAUGAGAACCUUUCCGUCCUGAAGUGAAUCUUUCAGUGGGAUGCAGCCUACCCGCUUGCACCUUGCUGUUUGUGGAAGGGAUCACAGUGCCUUUAGUACUGGGGGCUGAACUCAGUGGUGCAAGAAGAUAUUUUCAGUUCUUUUAACCCGAGUGAAUUCACCUGUAUUUCUCUAUGUCUGCUUUUGUAUGUACGAUGCUGGGGAGUGAGUGUAGCACCCAGAGGAUUUUAAUGUAUUUUAUUUAUUAAUUUAAAAAAUGAAAUAUUGAACUUCGUUAGUGAAGCUUGCUUCUGGCUUUGCGAGAGAAAAAACCUUUUUAUGAAUUAUGAAGCAUGGCAGGAUAUAGUUUGUCACACCAUUACUUUUUUUUCCCCCCUGUUCACCACUGGUUCUGUCAUUUUUCUGUUUGGUAAUAGCUGAAUGAGAGAACUCAGCAGCUGCAAGAAGCCGCUGCUUCCAGAUGCCCAAGUGCUCUGAAAUCCUGUCAACUCUUUGACUCUAUCCUUAGUAUCAGCUGCUGGCUCCUUCUUGGCUCAGUACUAAGUCCCCCUUUCUUCAAAUCACUUGUACAACUGGAUCAUUAUGAGAUUAUUCUCAAGUAGGAGCUAAGACACAUCGCUAGCUGACAGCUUGUCCAUAUGAAAUGCUGAUCUCGGUUGUUGUUUGAGGAGACAUGAUUUAUAGAAGCAGAUUUGUUCUGUUGUGGCAAACUUUCCAGGUGUGUUUUAGCAGCCCAGAGCUUGGCACCUGAGCAGCAUCUCUUUCAACUACUGUGUCACUCAUUUGCUGUGAGGACAGUGGAUUUUGUCUUCAGGUCCUUCCAAUCUCUACCCUAACUUCAGUUAAUGGGAAUUGAAGAAAACUUAACUGCCUUGAUUACAGUACAAUUUCAUAGGCAACUUGAUAGAAAAAGUAAAUGCCUGGAUAUUAUUAAAAAGAAAAAGUAUUCUGGUCUCUAUGAUGGUUUACAAUUUAAAAAUGUAUUAAUGAGAGAAGUUUAACUUAAGUUGCACAGAGGCUGAAAGUUAAUUAAAUGUCACUGUCUUGUGCGUUUAUAUUUUAUGUAUAUCAUAUAGUAUUAGUUCUGGAGCAAUGCUUGCCAAAUCAGGUCAUUGUAACCGUACCACUGAAGGCACAAUGAGCACGUUACCAUCCCAGAAGAGCUGGGUGUUGCUCACAUGUGCGAUCUUAAUGUUCAUGGCUAUGUGAAGACAAGAGACCAUUGCUCUAGAAUGAGGAAAAUUAGCACCAGCACUUGUGUACCAAACUGAGCCAUGCUGACUGUGUCAGUAUUUUUUUUAUUGAGAUAUACUUCAGGUGGAAGUCUAAUUGUAAUUAAAUUGUUUAUUUCUAGGAGCAGCUUUUGCAAAUGACUGUCAUUGUGUUAAAGGACUGAUGUGGCAAAUGGUGCCACAGUCACUUUAUUCGGUCGCUCGAGGCACUCAGUCCAUCGCAUGCAAUAGGCAUCAGCAAAUACUGUUUGCUGCAUUGCACUGCUUUUACUACACUUUAAACAGAUAGCAUUAAUCACCUGAUCCUCCACAUUAGGAGGUUUCCUGACUCUAAAAGAAAUAUCGUAAUGAUGUUGCAUAUAUGGAACUUGCGCUUGAGACUUUUUAAGUGUAUAACUUUAUUUUACCAAAGUUACAGCUGAAUUUUCUAUGGCUAACAUGGAGGAGAUACGUGAACUCCUUCCUGUAGAAUGAAGUGCCAACACAGAAGCAUACACUUGCUUUAUAUAGGCAGGGAAUACUCAUAGACUUUGAAUGUGGAUACUCUGGGUAAUCCUUUAGAGGAACCAACCCAUCCCCAGGAAUUACACCGAUUCUGAAGUGCUGCGGUGUGAAUGGAUGGUUGUCUGUCUCCUUUCUCCCUGUCAGAACAGCACUGCAGUACUGGAGGUGGAAGGGGGAAAGUCCUCUCUGCAGCGAAACUUCUCGCUGUUUUAUUUCACUUGGACUUUAUUGACUGAAGUAUAAAACCAAAGUGUUUUUCAUCCUCAGUCUAUCAAAACACAUUAAUUUUGCCAUGUGAAACAGGGGUACAGUGUCUCAUACUUUGCAGUAGUAGUCAUAGGAAUCCUCUUUCUAUCUGCUGUAUAUUGCCACUGCCGGGAGGAGUAUAUUCCAGGUUACAUUCUGUAACUGUACAAUUCAUAUCCAGCCAAAGCACUGUACUCUAACACCUUUUAUUUUCAUUUUAUUUCCAUCUCUCUUGUGUUUCCAGCAUUAAUAUCAAACAAUAAACCAGAUGAAGGUAAACUGAGUGCAUAGCUAAUGGUACUUUCGAGUGUGCAAACCUAAGUCAUAUUAUCUUAGAGAUCAAUUUUAUGUGUUGUAGCAAUAGUGUAACACUGAGAACUGGAGAAUAUGAAUAAAAUAAUAUCAAUAAAUGUC